AUGCUGUAUCUAUUGAGUAUUCAGCUUCUUCAAUCUUUAUGUAUGUAUGACAUCGGAACGCAGGAGAAAGCGCCUGUCAGUGAUCAUAUGCGGGGUCCUGGUCGUUCGAACUUCGAAACUUCGCCUUCGCAGCAGAAGAAGCUUUUUGUAUUCACGGAAUCUUCGCUCAGCUUGCCCGAUUUCGGUUUUCGUACUCUUUUACGCCCCAUGGAAUUGCUGUGGACAAAGACUCGGAGAAGGAGGCUGUUUUCGAAAAGUAUCACGAGGCAUGCUUGCGAUGACGUAGUGGUUCCUUCUCCUGUUACUACCUUGAUACACCAAGUUGUCUCCUCCGCAAAGCAGAGUUUGCCCAUAGAAUGGGAUUCCCACAAUGGAAAGAAACUCUACUUGGCUUAA